GUGGGCGUGCCAAUGAGGAGGUGGUGGGCGGGGCCUUCGCCGGGUAACGGCCGUAGGUCGGUCAGUGGCCUUGUCUCAGGCACCGUGAGGGUCCCGGUUCCCGGCAGCUAUCCCGGCGGAGAGAGGAAGGGGCGCCAUGGCCGGGCAGCAGUUCCAGUAUGACGACAGUGGCAACACGUUCCUCUACUUCCUGACCUCCUUCGUGGGGCUGAUCGUUAUCCCGGCCACAUAUUACCUGUGGCCCCGAGACCAGAACUCGGAACAAGUUCGACUGAAAAAUAUAUGUCAUGUAUACAGAAGCUGUUUAUGGUAUCAGUUGAGGUCUAUAAAACCACAACAAAAUAUAAUUCCAACUCUAAAAAAAGUAGUAUUGCUGAUUGGAUGGGCAUUAUUUCUUUUUCUUGCCUACAAAGUUUCCAAAACAGAUAAAGAAUAUCACGAAUACAACCCAUAUGAAGUGUUAGGCUUAGAUCCGGGUGCAACUGUCUCGGAAAUUAAGAAACAAUACCGCCUGCUUUCUCUGAAAUUCCACCCUGAUAAAGGAGGAGAUGAAGUCAUGUUUAUGCGGAUAGCGAAGGCUUAUGCAGCCUUAACAGAUGAACAAUCCAGAAAGAAUUGGGAAGAAUUUGGUAACCCAGAUGGACCACAGGCUACAAAUUUUGGCAUUGCCCUGCCGGCGUGGAUUGUGGACCAGAAAAAUUCUAUGUUGGUCUUGUUUGUGUAUGGACUCGCCUUCAUGGUUAUCCUUCCAGUUGUUGUGGGUUCUUGGUGGUAUAAAUCAAUCCGUUAUAGUGGAGAUCAGAUCCUUAUUCGCACUACUCAGAUCUACACGUAUUUUGUGUACAAGACCCGCACCAUGGAUAUGAAACGUCUAAUUAUGGUGUUAGCUGGGGCGUCGGAGUUUGAUCCACAAUAUAAUAAGGAUGCAACGAGCAGACCUGCAGAUAAUAUACAGAUUCCACAGUUAAUAAGAGAAAUUGGUAGCAUCAAUCUGAAAAAGAAUGAACCUCCGCUAACCUGUCCCUACAGUCUUAAGGCCAGAGUCCUUUUACUGGCUCACCUAUCACGGAUGCAAAUUCCAGAUAUCCUAAAAGAAGAUCAGCAGUUUAUUUUAAAGAAAUGUCCUGCCUUGCUUCAAGAAAUGGUUAAUGUUAUAUGCCAGCUGAUAAUCAUGGCUCGUAGUCGAGAAGAGAGGGAACUCCGACCACCAUCACUGUCCUCCCUGGAGAACUGCAUGAAGCUCUGUCAGAUGACUGUACAAGGCCUCCAACAGUUCAAAUCUCCCUUUUUGCAACUGCCAUUUAUUGAAGAGGAUCACUUAAGACGAGUUUUUAACCACAAAAAGUUCAAAAUCAAGACAAUUCGGGACCUGGUCAGUAUGAAGAAGUCAGAUCGCCGUCUGCUUUUGAGCUUUUUGGAAGAUAGCAGCUAUGAUGAGCUAGUAGCAGUUCUCGGCAGCUUUCCAAAUAUCACAAUGGAGAUAAAGCCUCAAGUGCUAGAUGAUGAAGAUAGUAAUAACAUUACAGUGGGUUCCCUUGUCACUGUCCUUGUCACUCUGAAAAGACAAACAAUGGCGGAAGUGUUUGAGAAGGAACACUCUACUUGCUCUGCAGAGGAUCAGCCAGUGGAGGAAGGACAAGCAGAAGUUGGCAAAAUGAAGAGCAAAGGCUGGCAGCAAAAAAACAAAACUGCUAAAAAGUCUUCCAAAUCCAAGAAAAAGAAGCCAGUAAAAAAGAAGGUGGUUACCCCAACUGUAUUGCAGCAGAGACCAAUAAAGCAGAAGCAAGGAAAUGAUGUGAUGGGAAAUGAUGUCACGUCAAAGGAGGAUGAGGAGGAUGUUUCAGACAAAGGUAGUGAUUCUGAAGACGAAGAUACGAAUCGGGAUUCCCAGAGUGAUGGGAGUGAUAAGGAAUCUGACCGGGAGACUGAUGAAAAACAGGGAAAAGAUGACGAAACGGAAUGGCAAGAGUUACAACAAAGCAUUCAGCGAAAAGAUCGAGCCUUACUGGAAACCAAAUCAAAGAUUACACAUCCUGUAUAUAGUUUAUAUUUCCCAGAGGAAAAGCAAGAAUGGUGGUGGAUUUACAUUGCAGACAGAAAGGAUCAAACAUUAAUAUCUAUGCCGUAUCAUGUGUGUACGCUUAAAGAUCAAGAAGAGGUGGAGCUAAAAUUUCCAGCACCCAGUAAGCCUGGAAAUUAUCAAUACACUCUAUUUUUAAGGUCUGAUUCUUAUAUGGGUUUGGAUCAAAUUAAACCAUUGAAGUUGGAGGUUCAUGAAGCCAAACCAAUACCUGAAAACCACCCACAGUGGGAUACUACCAUAGAAGGCGAUGAUGACCAAGGGGACAGUGAGGGCUUUGAAGAAAGCUACGAAGAAGAGGAGGAAGACGAGGAGGAUUAAUUUAACAAGACAAAAAAGACUUAAAGAUUUGCACAUGGACGUCGAUGCGAUAUUGGAGCUAUUCCAUUCACCAGAGCUGCAGUGUAGACGUUUUUGAGGAAGUUGAUACUAACAAACCCCUCCCCCACCCCUCCUUUUUGUGUUUCUUUCAACAGUUCUGAGUGUUCUGUGUAUGGCUUUGGAGAUGAAACACACCCUUGCCAUUUGCAAGUGGUAUGCCUAGUGGUUGCUAAGGCCAAUCGUAGCAGAGUACUGCAUUUACAAAAAACAAAUUAAAGAUUUAUAUUGCAAUGAAUAUCUCUACAGUUCAAACUGGUUAUCCUUGUACUACAAGAGUUAUAUGUGUAGUAGGCACUGUCUCCUGCAGUCACCCAGGGCUUAAUUCAAUGUUCAUGCCAUGUAAGUUGAGUUUGUUACCUCCAAAACAACAAAGGCCUUUUCGUCCAUCUUCAGAGGUUACAUUUUGCAUAAUAUACAGUAAGAAUCAUUUAUUUCAGUAGGUAACACAUUCCACCAAAAUAUAAUUGUGCCAGGGUAUAAUAUAUUACGUAACACUAAAAGAAAUGUCAGAUUUUUAUUUUUUGCUUAAAAAGAAAAAAAAUCUUUUUAGUAAAUUCUAUAUUUCUCAUUAGCGCUAGCUACUGUUAACAGGUUUGGUAAAAGAAUGGCUCCGUACAUUGUGGGACCACAAGUUGCAGUAUGUUGUGGUUUUUAUGCAAAGAUGCCUUUUUUUUAGUGAAGGGUAAAUGUGAGGGGCUAAACACUUAGUCCUGGUAAGUCUUAAUAAAAAGUGAUGUGCUCUGCAGCUGUACCAAGUAAAGAAAAGGACACACCAGCCAUUGUUCCAGAAGAUAUGUUUUUAAAUGAAAAGAAAACCAUAAGUUACACUACAGCCUCUCGUUGUCUCCAGAAAAGUGCCAAGCUCCUGUCUAUCUGUACUGAUGCUGUGACAUCUACAUCUGGAACAUUUGUGCAGGAUUUUUCUGUGUAGACUUACUUGGCUUUCUGCAGGAAUGUUAUGAAUGAAAAUGGGCUACACAGAUAUGAAACACUUGUGUAAUGCUCAAUAAAAUAGUACAUCAUUGA